UUUUAUUUAAUUCAAACAAAUAUAAAUUUUAUUUUUACUUCAAAAUAAACAAAAAAAAUUAGUUUAUUAAAAAAAACAUGUCUUCUGAAUUGGAAUUUAAACUACAAGAUUUAGCGAAAAUUGCUUUAGGAGCACCUCAACUAACCAAUGUUAAUAUAGCCAUUCUUCAUAGUCUCAUCGAUAUUUUACUUAAAAAACUAAAUUGCCAAAAUGAAAAAGUUUCUUUAAAUGCUCACGAUUCUAAGCAUCUGGAGAACAUUUUAAAAACUGCCAAGUUAUCACCCUUAGUCUUUAGCGAUGAAAAUGUGGAAAUAAUUGCACCAAAACUAGAACGUUUAGAAAAAUUACAAGAACAUGUUAAAGUUUUAGACGAAAAAUUGAAUAAACAUUUAGAAGAAAUGCAACAAAAUGGUAAUAACGAAGCUGUCUUCAGCUUGGAAAAUUGGUCUAGUUAUGGCUGUGAGGAUUUGUGUACCACUUGUGAUCCAGAAAAUGAAAUGGCUUGUAAACUUUUAAAAAAUACCGAUUUUCUUAAGAAAUUACUAAGACGUAUUUCAUCACCCAUGGUGGAUCGUUUAUUUUUAUUGGAAGAAAAAAUUGAAAAACUAUCUAAAGAAUUCACGGAUUUUAUAAAAAGAACCGAGGAGGAAUAUUUAAAAAUUAAGUUACUCGAAAAAUGUAUUCUAGAAAUAGAAAGUUUACGUCAAAAAGUGGACGAAAAUCAGACACAAUUUUUCUAUACCAUGGAAGAAAUUCAAGAUAUGUUGGAUACAAAGUUGGAUAAAAUCCACAUGCCUGCACUAAAGAAAUAUAUACUUGACAAUUUUCAACGUAUUGAUCGAUGUGUUAAAACGAUGCAAGACAAAAGACAAUGUAAUCGUGCAGCUGGCAUUAUAAUGGAGGGAUUACGUUGUAUGUCUUGUGGUGAAACAAAAGUUUGCAGUGAAGUUGGAGUUCACUCAACCUCCAUGUUGCCCGAUAUGGGAGUAAAGUCGCCAAAAGUAAUAAGAAAAUAUUGUAGAGUUUUACAUAAUACGGCGGAUGAUUGGAAAGGUUUUAAAAAGCCUCGAGUAAAAAGUUUGAAUCUAAGUGAUGUUGUUAAAGUGAAAAGCGAAAAUAUUGUUAACGUGAUUCAUGAUGACAGUGCUAUACCGAAAUGCCGUAAGCCGGGUGAGGAUUUUGAUUUGAUAGAGGGAUCAGAUGGCAAGUUAUAUCGUAAAGGAUAAUUUUCUCUAAAUUUGAAGAUGUGUUUUUUAAACUAAUAUUUCGUAGUUUUUUGUAAAUUAUUGUUUUUUUUAUAAAAUAAAAAUUUAUUUUUGUACAAGUAUUAUUUUUUUAAGAAAA